AUGCCUCUUUCUGAACACGUCCCUUACGAAAAAAUCCUUGCAGAUCUUCAGGAUAACUCUCCUGGUUAUUCCCAACGGUUCCGUCGUCAGUCCAUUGUUGACAAUGGCCUUGUUUCUGAUGUCCCUAAAGACAAUUCAAACACUUCUAUCUUUAACCCUUAUGAAUCUUUUUAUUCAAUUAAUCCCAUUGCUAAAUUCCACGUGCCUAAAUCUGGUGCAAAUGGCCAAACCGUUGCCCAACUCAUCCGUGAUGACCUUGACCUCGAUGGAAAGCCUGCCCUUAACCUUGCAUCCUUUGUUAAUACUUUUAUUGACCCCGUUGCUCAGCAACUCGCCGUCGAAAAUCUCACAAAAAAUAUGUCGGAUAGCGAUGAGUACCCGGCCCUUAUGAAUAUCCACCAACGCUGUAUCUCUAUGAUUUCCCAUCUAUGGCAUGUCCCCGAGGGGAACGCUGCAAUUGGUACUUGCACAACCGGCUCUUCUGAAGCUAUCCAUCUCGGUGGCCUUGCAAUGAAACGUCGCUGGGAAGCCCGCCAAAAGGCCAAUGGUAGACCCUUUGACCGUCCUAAUAUUCUCAUGGGUGCAAAUGCUCAAGUUGCCUUGGAAAAGUUUGCCCGUUACUUUGAUGUGGAACCUCGCAUUAUCCCUGUUUCUGACAAGUCCCGCAACAUGCUGGACUUGGAAAAAAUUUAUGAAAACUUGGAUGAAAACACAAUUGGCAUUUUUGUCAUUCUCGGUUCAACCUACACCGGCUCUUACGAAGAUGUUGAAGGUGUUUCCAAGAUUCUCGACAAGUAUCAAGAAGACACUGGCAUUGAUAUCCCCAUCCACGUUGACGGUGCCUCUGGUGGCCUUGUUGCUCCCUUUGUUCAUCCCCAUGUUAAAUGGGAUUUCUCUCUCCCCCGUGUUAAGUCUAUCAACACCUCGGGUCAUAAGUUUGGUCUCACCACUGCCGGUCUCGGAUGGGUUAUUUGGUCCGAUACAAAGUACCUCCCAGAUAAUCUUAUCUUUUUGCUCAAGUACCUUGGAGGUAACGAAAAGUCAUACACUCUUAACUUUUCCCGUCCUGGCCACACUGUGGUCCACCAGUACUACAACUUUUUAACCCUUGGUUACGAAGGAUACAAGCGCGUCCACUCGGCUUCUCUCUAUAAUGCUCGCCUCUUUUCCAAGUUCCUCGAGUCUACUGGCUACUUUCAAUGCGUCUCUGAAAUUCACCGUCUAAAUGGCGAUUAUGUCUUUGAUCCUACAAAGGAACAUGAGCUUACUAAAACCCGCGAUGCUUCCCUUUUUAACCCUGGUCUCCCUGUCGUCGCCUUUAUGCUUACUGAUGAGUUUAAGCAAAAGUAUCCAGAGGUUCCACAAGCUGCCAUUUCAACGUUGCUCCGAGUUAAAGGUUACAUUAUUCCUAACUAUCCUCUUCCAGUCAAUAACGAAGCCAAGGAGGUUCUUCGUGUUGUUGUGAGAUACACAAUUACUCUCGAUUUGCUUGAUAAUCUUAUGGAAGAUAUUGUCCAAGUGGUUCAGACUCUUAUUUCUUCAGCUCGCUCGCUACGCGAAGACCCCGACGUUCCCGUCGAUGAUGGUCACCGUAAGGGUAUUUACAAGGCUCUUUUGGCUUUAGUCUCAAACCCCAAUGUUCAAGAAGAACAUGAAAACGAAUGGAAGCAUCUUCACCGUGGUGCUUCAAUUUGCUAA